CUUUCUCUCUCUAAAACUCUUCUCUUUUGACCCUUGUUUCCCGAGCUGUGAAUGCUUUGUACGCCAUUGAUUUUAACCCUAACUCUCUAGUUUUUGCUAUUAUUGGAUUGGAUCAUCCUUAAAGCUCCACGCUUUGUCCGAAUUUCCCCUUUGGUUCUUUCCUUCUGGGUUUGUUCUUGUUGUUGUUUCUCGAAGAAGAAGAAGAAGAAGAAGAAGAAGCCAUGGAUUUGGGAUUUUAGGGGUUAUUGCGGUUUCUUGUAUAUAAAGCCGAGGGGUUUUGUGUUGAAGACAUCGAAUCCUGUUUUUUGUUUUUGUUUUUUCCCGUAAAAGUUCGUAGAUUUCUCCAAGCUCUUUUUUGUUAAGGAUGUCAUCAGCUGGUGUUGCGUUAAGUCCGGUUCGUAGCGAGCCAUUGAUUAUGCCUCUGGUUCGUGCGAGUUCUUGUGUUGAUUCCUAUCCAGACGAGACCAUUAUGAUUUACCUGACACUCCCUGGAACGGUGAUACCAAUGCGAGUGCUUGAGUCUGAUUCUAUCGAGUCUGUUAAGCUCCGGAUUCAGUCUUAUCGAGGGUUUGUGGUGAGGAAUCAGAAGCUUGUUUUUGGGGGACGGGAGCUAGCUAGAAGCAAUUCUAAUAUGCGUGAUUACGGUGUUAGUGAAGGGAACAUUCUUCACUUGGUUCUUAAGCUCUCUGAUCUCCAGGUUCUUGAUGUUAAGACUACCUGUGGAAAACACUGCAGGUUCCAUGUGGAGAGAGGGAGAAACAUUGGCUAUGUGAAGAAGCAGAUUUCGAAAAAGCGUGGAGACUUUGUUGAUCCUGACGAACAGGAGUUACUUUACGAAGGUGAGAAGUUGGAGGACCAGAGUCUUAUUAAUGACAUUUGCAGAAACGAUGACUCUGUUUUGCAUCUGCUUGUGCGGAGAUCUGCUAAAGUUCGUGCUAAGCCUGUCGAGAAGAACUAUGAGCUGUCUAUUGUUGCCCCACAAGCAAACGAUAAGAAGGGUCGUCAAGCUGAUAGCAUUGUGCCACCAAAAAAGCUUUCUGAUCGCCUCUCCUUGGAGCCGGUAAUUAUCAACUCCAAGGCUAAAGUACCUCUGGUGGUUAAAGACAUGGUUAGGUCUGCUUCUGAUGGACUACAUAGUGGGAAUUCUCCGGUCAGGUCAAGAGAAGGCACUGGAGGAGCUUAUUUCAUGCAGGGUCCUUCUGGCAACAAAUUUGUUGGUGUAUUUAAGCCAAUCGAUGAGGAACCAAUGGCUGAAAACAAUCCUCAAGGAUUACCACUCUCGCCAAGCGGUGAAGGUUUGAAGAAAGGAACAAAGGUUGGAGAAGGUGCGUUAAGGGAAGUCGCUGCUUACAUUUUGGAUCAUCCCAAAAGUGGAAACCGAUCUAUGUCCGGUGAAGAGAUAGGUUUUGCUGGUGUACCUCCCACAACUAUGAUUGAAUGUCUCCAUCCAGGGUUUAAUCAUCCCAAUGGAAUCAAAACCAAGAUUGGAUCACUUCAGAUGUUUACCGAGAACGAUGGCAGCUGUGAAGAUAUGGGUCCCCUUUCAUUUCCAGUUGAGGAAGUUCAUAAGAUUUCUGUACUGGAUAUCAGACUUGCCAAUGCAGACAGACAUGGUGGGAACAUUCUGAUGACCAAGGACAAAAACGGAAAGAUCGCUUUGGUUCCUAUCGAUCAUGGAUAUUGCUUGCCUGAAAGCUUUGAAGAUUGCACGUUCGAGUGGCUAUAUUGGCCACAAGCCCGAAAACCGUACUCUGUAGAAACUCAAGAUUACAUUAGAUCACUGGACGCAGAGGAAGAUAUUGAUCUACUGAAGUUCCAUGGAUGGAAAAUGCCUGUGGAGACGGCUCGAACGCUCAGAAUCUCAACGAUGCUUCUGAAGAAAGGAGUGGAAAGAGGACUAACGGCAUUUGAGAUUGGAACCAUCAUGUGCAGAGAAACACUAAAUAAGAAGUCUCUAGUGGAGGAAAUGGUAGAUGAGGCUCAAGAAGCGGUGCUUCCAGGGACAAGCGAAGCUGCAUUCCUCGAAGCUCUAUCUGAUGUGAUGGAUUACCAUCUCGAUGAGAUGGUUCGCUCUCAGGAACAGUAAAGUUGGUUCUUGUGUUAACUCAAUGCUCUCGUAUAUACUCUUGGUUUGCUUUUGUAUUUUUCUUAUGACAUCAUUUCUGUCAUUCUUUGGACAUGUUCAAGUUGUUGGUUAAUUUCACUCAGACAUAUUCCCUUAUAAUGACAAUAUAAGUGUUUACAAUAGCUUUCUU